UGACACAGGAAGAACCUGGAAUUGAAGUCAGUCUGUGAAAAGGUGCUGAAAUCUUGUUUCUUCUCACAACCUUAACUACUAUCAGAUGCACAUAGUUAAGGCCAGCUCUAAAGCUGGUGUACAACAUCCCAAGUCUGUCUGGGUUUAUGGCCAGCUGUAGAUCACGAGUCCAAUGCCUGUUCUUAUCCAGAAAUAGUAAUUUUAUUGAAAUAUACUGUAGCUACAAUGCAAAGCGAUUGCUUGAGAACAUUCAUGAAAGAUGCAAUGCAGCAUUAGCGCAAGGUGGUAUUUAAGGAGAAAGGUGGCUUCUCUGUGUUUUGGAGCUGAGUGGAGAUGACUUCAGUGGGACUUUAAGAUCAAAACUAAAUGAAGGUUUAACUAUUUUAACUGGUGACGAAAGGUUUGGUAUUGCGAAGUGAAACAUUAACAACAAGUGAGAGAAAGCCAGGAUUGUUCAACGAGGUUCAUCUUCAAGUACAACGGAGCUGGGGGUCAUCCAGUGCACAGGGAACAGCAGGCAUGGUGGAGAAGGAUGGCAUGCUGCAAACUGCAAAGGAAACUCAAGCUGGAGAUGAUCCCCCCAAAGGAGAUUUCCCUGUUCAGAAAAAAUCCCCGAAGCUCUGUGGCUCCAACUACCCCUUGAGCAUUGCUUUCAUUGUGGUGAAUGAGUUCUGUGAGCGCUUCUCCUACUAUGGCAUGAGAGCUGUCCUGACACUGUAUUUCGUCAGCUUCUUCCACUGGGAUGACAAUCUCUCCACCUCUGUGUACCAUGCCUUUACCGCUCUCUGUUACUUCACGCCUGUCAUUGGAGCCAUCAUGGCAGACUCAUGGCUGGGGAAAUACAAGACGAUCAUCUACCUCUCCAUUGUGUAUGUGGUUGGCCAUCUGAUAAAGUCAGUCGGCGCAAUUCCAUCCCUAGGGAACCAGGUUGUUCAUGUGGUCCUGUCUAUGACUGGUCUGUUUUUGAUCGCCCUUGGAACAGGAGGUAUCAAGCCCUGUGUCUCUGCAUUUGGUGGGGACCAGUUUGAAGAGGAACAUACCUCGGAGAGAAGCAAGUUUUUUUCCGUCUUCUAUUUAUCCAUUAAUGCUGGAAGUCUGAUCUCCACGUUUGUUACUCCUGUAUUGAGAGGGGAUGUGAAAUGUUUUGGAGAGGAUUGUUAUGCACUGGCUUUUGGCGUCCCAGCAGCACUGAUGGUGAUAGCCCUUGUUGUGUUCAUUGCUGGAAGUGGACUGUACAGAAAAACACCACCGCAAGGGAACGUCUUACUUGAAGUGUGCAAAUGCAUUGGAUUUGCUAUCAAAAACCGGCUGAAAAACCGCUCCCGUCAGAUUCCAAAGAGAGAUCACUGGCUAGACUGGGCGUCAGAAAAAUACUCAAAAAAACUGAUCGGUGAGGUUAAAAUGUUGACGCGCGUUCUCUUCCUCUUCAUACCACUGCCGAUGUUCUGGGCCCUGUUUGAUCAACAGGGAUCCAGGUGGACUUUACAAGCCACAAAGAUGAAUGCUGAUUUUGGAAUAUAUGUCCUUCAGCCUGACCAAAUGCAGUUCUUAAAUCCACUUCUUAUUCUUGUCUUCAUCCCGAUUUUUGACCUUGGGCUCUACCCACUUAUAAACAUGUGCAAAUUUAAUUUCACACCUAUUAGGAAAAUGGCAACAGGUAUGAUCCUUGCAGGGAUGGCGUUUGGACUUGCAGCCAUUGUAGAAGUCAAAAUAAAUGAAACUGAUAUGCCUCAGCUUGUCCCAAAAGAAAGUUUAAUUCAGGUCCUGAAUUUGGCAAAGAACCCUGUUCAAGUGACAAUCCAAGACCAGCACCUCUUUCAGCAGCCCAUGGAGGCUUUUCAGAACCCAGUUGAGUACUCAAAAUUAAUAUUGAAUGGAAAGCAACAGAGCCUUCAUUUCACCCUGCAACAUCAAGGAUUGUCUCUUGCUUUUAACUACACCGUGAAGGAAAAAUCAGUAUACAGCUUAAUUGUUUUUGAGGCAGAAGGAAGCCUAUCAAGCCGCUUAAUUACAGACUUGGAAGCAAAGCCAGAAAAUGGUUUGGCAGCGGUUAGAUUCAUUAAUGGUUUGAGCCAAGAUGUCAACCUCACCAUUGACAGCAAACAGUUCAUUGCCAUUCAGAAAAACUACAGCAUCUCUGAGUACACGCUGCUAGAGAGGGACAAAUAUGAUAACGGAAGGUGUAUAACUGAAGCGGGUGAGUCCACCCUGGAUCUAGGGCUGCUCGACUUUGGCGCAUCAUACACUGUUGUGAUAACUAAUAUAUCUAGAGGUGCCCUUCAGAUAUGGAAGUCAGAAGAUAUCAAAGCCAACAAUGUCCAUAUGGCUUGGCAGCUACCACAGUACUUAUUAAUAUCUGCUGGCGAAGUGAUGUUCUCUAUUACAGGACUGGCCUUCUCCUAUUCUCAGUCUCCAGCCAGCAUGAAGUCAGUGCUCCAGGCGGGCUGGCUGCUCACGGUGGCAUUUGGGAAUGCCUUUGUGCUUGUUAUUGCCCAGGCUGCACCAAUGGCUCAGUGGGCUGAAUUUGUCUUGUUCACUGUUCUCCUCUUUGCUGUGUGCAUUAUUUUCUCCAUCAUGGGAUAUUUCUAUGUCAGUGUGGAUCCAGAGGACCUGCAAGAACAGGAAGAGAAGAGAGAGACCCCAAGCAGAGGAAACAUGAUUAGUCUCGUUACUCAGAAAACAAAGCUCUAACACAUCAUGGGUUGGGAUUUUUUUUUUAACUUGGUAGAUGGGUGGGAGAAAGAAGGGUGGGGUUGGAGUUCUCUUAUUUUAUUGCAUUACAGUCUUUAUUACUCAAAAUGUAGCCACUGUCUAAAUGGGAUAAAAUAGCUGUCUUUAAAAGCAAUAGGGAUCCUAAAAUCAGAGCAGAACUCCCUGGGAAAGCUUCUCUAGUAUUAAAAGCACUUACAAGUAAAUAUAGUGUAAUUUAAAACCUGCUCAUCUUUCUAAGCAGGGAAUAAUUUUCUAUGAUUUUGUUUUAAACAUAUAUUUAGGGCAGCAGGGAAGAAGGGUGGAGGUCAUGCCCUAUGGCAGCGAAAGUGGGAGAAGAGCAUGGAAUUUAAGGAAAGAAACCCAAUACAGGAACUAGGGAAGAAUAGAAGUCACAGACAAGAUUUUUCAUGUAAUCAUCAAGGACUGGAAGCUUUACAUAGUAACAAAGGAUUUCAUCAUGCAUCUUUCCUUAUGAUUAUUUCACCCUGUUAUUGCAUGUUAUGAAUGGUCCUGAUUUAUGACUUUCACCUCCAGGCCCUGAUGUAAUAACAGAGAAUUAAAUGCUGCAGGGUAAAAUAUUCCCCAAACACUACUGAACAGGAUACACAUGCUGCCAUUUAUCUCUGAUCCACAUUUUUUCCCUUGGUGUUUUUAGAGACUGAUGGUAUUUUUUGAUUAGACACAAUUAGAGAAUUGGUUUACACUUUCUUGUUUCAGAAAUUCAGCCAGUUAUUUGGCAUCUUCGUGUAUAUUAAGCCUUUAUUGAGUAUUUCCUUUCAGUACCUGCCACCACAAGUUAGAAUAUGGCUGUUUUCUCAUCUUAUGCUUCAGUUGUUCCCCACUGGGAGACACAUUGCAGCAGUUUCUAUAAAAUUCCAGGCAUCCUGGAAUCCUUAAACAAGGACGCACUUUAUCAUCUUUUGCAGGCUACAAAAGGAGACCAUAGCAUAAGAGAUUUCUCUUUUUUCUCCACUUCUGUGCCUCUCUACCAAACUUUGCAUAUACCUAUUUUAGCAGAAUUGUGACACAAUUGUCUUAUUUUUCUUGCUUGCACGAAGCUGUGAUUUCUUGUUCUGCACAGAAGUAAUUCAACCAUUGCUGAUCCAGUGAAACUCCAGAGGAAGUCCUUGCCUUCCUCUGUCACUCCAAGGCCAUAGCUGUAACAGGUAUGGCCUAGUUUGUAACAGGCUCGACAGGAGGACCUGCAAGUUCCCUGUGAGUAGAUGUUAAUGAUGCUUUCCUCUUUGGACUUGGCAUUGGUCAUAUGUGGUCGCUGAUGUUGUGAUUCAGGAGAUCAUUGAAGCACAUGCUUUAUUCUGUCCCUGUUCAGGACAGUGCUAAGGAAUAUGCUUAGCUUGACCCCUCUGGUGCUUUAACAUGCUGCCUUGCAGGAGGGAGUCUUCUCAAAUAAGGCUGAGAAAACCCCUCUUUUUGGUUUGUAACUCAAAGACUCACCGCAUCAGACUGUUCCCUUUGCUUCCUGUCCUAAAUGCUUGUGAACCUGCAACAGUAGUUCUGCAUGAGCUCCUGCCUACUGUGAGAUAGCAUCUGGGUCUUGCCCCAGAAGGGUACUAUGGUCUCAGAUAAAUGACAACAGGCUGCGAGUGUGCACACUGAAACACUUAAUGUGGUUCAGCUGAUGUAGAGCCAUUUAUUAAGCUGUGGUAGCUGGUUUGGGCAGCUGAAUCCUGUGACUCAGUGGGGAAUGAAGGGCAUUGAAAGCCAUGUAUUAGGUCAUUCAACCUGUUCUUCAGAAGCCAAGUGAGGAUUAUUCCCUCUGCUCCUUUCUGGUAUUAUUCUCUUGCCAUCGUUCUUUGUGUGGGUUCUUUCUUCUCCAGGCAUUGUUGUUUUCCUAAUCCUGUUUUAUGAUACACUGCGAAUCAGCUCAGAGGCUGCUGAAUUACUCUGCUAUGAUGCUGCCUGACUAGCUUCCAAUUUGAACCACUAAUAAAAAGCAUUUCUUUCCCUCCUGCAAACAAAACAAAAAUCCCCAAACUGAAGGAACAGGCAGCCUCCAACAACACUGAGCAGACACAAUUUAAAAUUAUUGGAGCAUUUAAUUUUGUUAUAAGCCUUGAAUUUGGAAGUGGGUUGGGAUUCGAGGGCAUAUGUGGUGAAGAGACAAUUGAAAAUUAUUGAAGCACUUGCCUUGGGAAGCACUGGGUGCAUCACAGCUCGGAGUGGCGUGAGGGAAAGCAAGGUGUCCAAAGGAAGUGAUCCUCCAGACUACAUGUACUCAAAAGCCUCUCUUGAUUUUUUACGUUUUAUUUCCUUACUGGCGGCAUUACCAGAAGCUGUCACACGCUCUGAGUUCAAUUUAAAGGAAUCAUUCCAAACUCAUAAAAGAUACAUUUAGGAUGUCAUCUGAAUCUGCUUUUUAGACUCCUGAUGCCAAAUUGUCCCUUUCCAAACAUUUCCAUGUUCCAAACCAUCACCAUAAUGCUGGGGGAAGAAAAAUUGCAGUUCACAGUUGGUAAGGGAAGGUUAUGAACAGGAAGGCAAUGCUAUAAAUAAAGUGCUAACAUGAGGCUGGGGGCUGAUCCUGCAGCCCCUCAGGGGAAUUGCUUGCCCAAGGGAGUGUAAGGGUCUGUUCCCAUUUCUCUUCCAGCUGACACAGUUAAUUCCUCCCCAACUGCUCAUCAUCACCUGUUGGAAGUCACUUCUCCCUCUGAUCUGCCUGCUCAGUAGCUGGUGUGAUCAUGUUCAUCAUUUCAGCUGCCAUCAUAAAGUUUUGCUAGCUGGACCUAUUUAGUUGAAAUGCACCAGCAGUCUGGAAGGAUUUCCACCAAGCAAGCUGACAACCAGCCAAGAGCUGCCCCUGCUGUAGCUGGGGAAGUUUGGUUUGCAAAAUAAGACAUUAAGCAUAGCAUUUCUCCAGUUUUAUAGCCACCACACCAUCCUUCGAGCACCUUCAUCCCUUCCAAGGGCACUUAUGAAAGGAUCAAAGAUUUAGGAUCUGAUUCUGUAGAGUACUGCGGUCUCUGGGUUUUUCUUCCAUGCAGUUAGCUUAGAUACAGGGCCACAUACAGCUCUGACAUCUAGUUUUAGAACAAUUCCUUGCUCCUCCUGAUUCCUUGAUUUGGAAUCAGAGGGGGAGACCAAAACAGUGCUAGCUAUGUGAACCUAUAUAAAGAAAUAGCAGGCUGCCAUCUGUCCAGUUUAGCCUGUUGCUGGAGGGAGUCUCAGAGGUUGUUGGAGUUUGCCCUGAAGCAGAUUAGGGAAAGCUUACACCAACUGUUGUGGAGGCUGACCUAUAGAAAUUAUAAUCUCCAGCUAAAGUCGAUAAUGAGCUUAAUGGAGAUCUAUAGGCACAUUGCUGCAGAAACUCUCUUCAUGGAGACUGCAGGGGACUGACUUCAUUGUGGAAGUGUAUGUAUGAGGGUAUUUAUCUGUUUUUUUGAAUGAUGCAUUCUGAUAAAGUUUUUUGUGAAGCAAACUUCCCUUUGGUUGAAAUAGCUGUUGUUCAACACAUCUUUUUCCCUUAGCAGAUUGUAAAUGCAGCAGUGUUAUUUCCAGCUUUGUGUGAGAUAAGCUUAAGAAUGAGAUUUCAAACUCAGCAAAACAACUUCCUGGCUUUGGGUUCCUUAAAUUUACCUCUUCUUUCUGUGUCGCUAGAAUGACUUUUCUUCCCUUUCCCUUUCCUUUCAUGUUGUUCCAGAAGUUGAGAUGAUUUUUUUUUUUAGAAGCAAAAAGAAAUGUCACCAACACCAAGGACCCACAUAGAAAAGCCUUUUCUUCCUUAGACUGAAUCCACUUGUUAGCUGUAGCAUCUCUGUUGUCUUUGCUGCCAUUGUGAGCUCGGGGCAGCUGGAAGUUUGGCUGGGUCUCCGCUGUGCCUGGGAAGAGCUGAGCCUCUCCACGAGGUGGUCUGUGCAGUGAGGUGGCCAUGUGCGGUCAGGGGGAAAAUGGCUCCGGGAGGAUGGCGGGGACUGGCUCAGACCCAGCUGGGACUUGCCAUCAGCACUGCCUGGGGGGCAGCAGCCUUUCUGGGCACGAGGACUCAUUUCCUCUCUGGAGCCCAGACCGGGGCUAGGGGAGAUUGCUCGGGGCAGUGCUUGCCCUGGUGGAAGACAUGGUCUUCCUGAGCAGUGACCGAGACAUGAGUUUUAUUGAGAAAGCGAAAAAUGAGUGACUGGAAAGAAAGGAUUUCACUGGCCUCUGCUUUGGUCUAACGCACUGUACAAGGAGGCUGGGAGAUGGCUGAGCAUGGAGGGCAGAAAGGACUGUAUGACCAAGAUCUUCCUAAAUUCUCAGUGACCAGUGCUCUGCAAGGCAGCUGAAAUUCACAGAAUCACAGAAGGGCUGAGGUUGGAAGGGACCUCUGGAGAUCAUCUAGUCCAACCCCCGUGCUCAAGCCAGGUCAUCUAGAGCAUGUUUCCAAGGAUUGUGUCCAGAUGGCUUUUCAGUAUCUCCAAGGAAGGAGACUCCAUAACCUCUCUGGGUAACCUGUUCCAGUGUUCUGUUACCCUCACAGUAAAGAAGUUUUUUCUCAUGUUCAGAUGGAAUUUCUUGUGUUUCAGUUUGUGCCCAUUGCCUCUCAUCCCAUUGCUGGGCACCACUGAAAAGAGUUUGGCCCCAUCCUCUCUACACCCUCCCUUCAGAUACUUAUACGCAAUGAUAAGAUUCCCCCCUCAGCCUUCCCUUCUCCAGGCUGAACAGUCCCAGCUCUCUCAGCCUUUCCUCAUAAGAGAGGUGCUCCAGUCCCUUAAUCAUCUUAGUAGCCUCUGCCGGACUUGCUCCAGUAGCUUCAUGUCUUUCUUGUAUUGGGGAGCCCAGAACUGGACACAGUACUCCAGAUGUGGCCUCACCAGGGCUGAGUAGAGGGGGAAGAUCACCUCCCUUGACCUGCUGGCAAUGCUCUUCCUAAUGCAACCCAGGAUGCUUAUGGUCAGCCUGCAGUCUGCCAGGACCCCCAGGUCCUUCUCUGCAGGGCUGCUUUGCAGCAGGUCAGCCCCUAAACUGUACUGGUGCAUGGGGUUAUUCCUCCCUAGAUGAAGGGCUUUGCACUUCCCUUUGUUGAACUUCAUGAGGUUCCUCUCUGUCCAUCUCUCCAGCCUGUUGAGGUCCCUCUGAAUGGCAGCACAGCCCUUUGGUGUAUUUCAUACAUAUUUUCUAGUGUAAUUCAUUGCAUCAAGUUAACUGGAAAGAAAAUGAGGUGGGAGAACUGAGAUGCUCAGGUGAUUAAAUAGCAGAGGACUUCAGACCUUUCAGAAAAACUCUCUAUAACAUGUGAUGACAGUCAUGGUCAUCCAUGACCUAAAAAGGCUUUCCAGAGCACUGCAAAAAUCAGCAUACAGACCUGCAACAAAGGGUCCACAGUGACUGUAGGAGGAAGGUGUGCUCCUGGAGAUGCCCCCACCAUCAGUGGCAACCACCACCUUGGCUUCCCCAAGGGACAGAGAAAACAGUUGGAGGUGUAUUACAGAUGGGGGUAGCAGAGGAGGGAGCGCUACAGACAAGGGGAGGGUCAGCAGGCAGUUUUAGCCAGGGCCCCAUGUACAGGAAUAGUCUCCUCUCCUCCUCUCUGUGUUAAAUUUCUUUCCCUCGCCACAAGAAACAUUUUCUGACAAUAACAGCUUAAACCUGGGAGUUUGGCUCCAUGGCAAGUAUCACAGCUGCUGAAUUUUGGAUGAUACUAGACCGUGCAUUUUGUUAGCACUACAUUUGUUACUGUAAUGUGAUUUGAAUAACAGCGCUUAAGAGAUGUUUCUGGUCCUAGAUGUUGACAGAUCUGGCCAUUGUUUUUCAUGUUGAUAGCUGGAUUUACCCUACUGCUUCAUGUUAACAUCUGAGAUUAACCCAUCAUGUGCACGUAGAUAUUGCGAGGCCCUUGGAUUUCCCCAGCAAUAUAGGAAAAAGCAAAAUUCUUAGUAAGGCUGGCUAUAUACUAACUCUAAUAUUGCUUCCUUGUGGGGAGCAGCCCAGGUGCUUUGUAAAACAUGGACCCUCAUUUAUCUCUUGCAAAGUGCUUCCCAGAAGGACAAAACCAGGGGAUGCUAUUAAAAAUUUUGCCUUGAGAAGGGCUUACACUGCAUUACAGAAAUUUCAUGAAAGAAAAUAAUUGCAUUGCUUAAAAUUCCUCUUUCCUUGUCACCUCAGGUGGUCAAAUAGCAACCAAACAAGUUGUCUCUUAGAGAGCUUUGGAUCUAGCAGCUGCUGUAUCUUCUCAAGGUCUUUCUGCUGUGUUUUAGAAGAUCUUCUUUUACUGGAAGAUUUAACCUAGCUUAGUAUCUGUAGAUCAGAAGAUUCUCAGCAUAUAGAGCAGCCAAAUGUGAGCUCCCACUGGCUGUUGACCAACCCUGAUCUCUUCCUUUUUAAUGAACAGAUUUCAGCAGCUAUCCUGCAGAGCUCAGCCAGUGUUGACCUAAAUUUAGUCUAAAAUUUAAGACCUGAGAGAUUUAUAAUGAACAAGAUAAAUAGCAAAACUCUCAAAAAACUGCUAAAACACUGUUUUAAUGCUUAAUUAAAAUUUUAAUAUGCUUACAGAAAGUGAAAAGCUUAACCAGUAUGUAGCAAUUCAGUUGGAGCAAUGAGGAGCUGAAGUUGGAAUCCAGCAGUGUAGCAACUGGCAGCCAAGCUGAAGACACAAGUAUCAAGCAAACAUCACUUUUUAGAUUAUUUUUUGUCAUUGCAUAUGUUGUUCAGUCUGUCUGGCCUGUCCUGUUCAAUCUACCCAUGCAUGUAUGAAAGAAGAGUGAGUGAAAAAAAGCUGAACUCACUUGUGGAAGACAUGGAUCCUUCCCAAGCUGCAGCUUGGUUUCCUUCUCAUCACAGACUCCCAAGUUAGCUCCAAGCCUUCCCCUCUCUGGCAAUCAGAGCCCCCUCAAUCUCACAUGCUGCUCUGCACUCUUCAGAAGUCACUCAGACAUCUCCCCAGUGACUUUGCCAGCCCUCAGCACCUUCUUAUUCCAUCCCGCAGCCUCUCUGCUGCCAGUGAUAGCAUGUCUUUUUGGGGGCCAUCCUGUGUAAUGCUGCCCACUUCCCUGCAAACACACUAGCUUCUCACCCCUGCAGCAAUCACACAGACCAAAAUAUCGGGGUGGUAACGAGGCAGUUGCCCUGUGUAGCCUUGGCUCUGGCCUCUUGCUGUGGCCUCUUACAGCUCUAUGUAUCUUCUGCUCGCAGCCCAGUCAGUUGAUUCAGAGGCCGUGGCAUCAUCUAGAGCCUCCAGUGUGUCCCCCCAGUCUAGGAAGUGCCCGGUCCCCCAAGGGGCCAUGCUGAGCCAUGGCAAACUGCACCCAGUCUGCACUGGACCCAAGCACCGCUGUUCCCAAGCCCCACGGGGGCAUUUGUGCUGUCUAUGGCACCCCGCGGCCCUUGGUGAUCUCAGCCUGUUUUCGCCUGCCCUUACUUUAUACAGUAUUUAUAGUCAAGCUGCCCUUUCCAGCCCCCCCACUUUUGCUGGAAACUGGUGGUUGUCCCUGGAGCCCAGCCUCAUCUCCCGGUCAGUUUGUGAGUCUUUCUCUUGUGGACAAGAGGGAUGAAAUCACUCAGGGUGCGAUCACUGCAGCACCAGCACAGCGAGUGGGUUGUGGGCUGUGCCUGCAGCCACGGUUCUCCCAGCAGCGUGGACGCGGCAGGCUGGUGAACCGGUGCCAGCCUCUCCCGUUUUGACAGGUGCUGUCACUGCUCUGCUGGGCUGUGCUGCCGGGGCUUGGUUCCUGACUCAGCUUGGGCACAAAUAGCAGGCUUUAAGCCUGUGUGGGCAGCUUCUCGCUGUGGGAUGGGAGACCUCCAUCUGUGCUGCUCCCUUGUGUCAGGACUCUGUCUGCUCUUUCCUUGUCUAGUUGCCCAGCUUUGGUGACCAGCUCUUGCAUUUAUUGGUAUCUCCCAGACCGUGGAGAGAUAAUGCUGUGUUAAGUCACCUCCAGCAAGGGAAAUCUCACUGGGUAGAAGUGAAUUUUGUUUGUUUUAGCUUCCAGCUCUGGCUCUUCCCAAAUCCGCUCAGAGCCUUUGUGCUCUUUCUCUAUUUUCCCUGUGCAUCAAAACACUGUCCGUUCAGACCUUAAUGCUGUCCUUACCAAAGACAGGAACCUUUCAUGGAUGCUGUGCCAAUAUGGACUUUUCCUGCCCAAAUUAGAGGUAAAACAGGCCAGUAGGAAUUCAGCAGGUGCCAGGCACUGGUGCCUUUCAGAAAGGCGAAAUGCUGUCAGUCACAGUGUCUCGCCUCUGUGUGAGGCAGUGCGUCCCAGCCCCGGUUCCUGCUGCGCCCUGAGCUUGGCAGAAGCUGGUGGACGCUCAAUUGCACAGACACCUUCUCAUGAUGCUGCGGGUCCUGGCUCUGUGCCAGCCCAGCUGUAUACCAUUUCUGGCCUGUCAGAGCCAUCAUUGCUUCCUGACACUCACUUUAUACUGUCCAAAAUCUGUGGAGCAAAUAGAGGACAGUUCCCUCUUUCCAUACAGUGUAUUUAACUUGCCUUUUUCCCUUUUUCUGUCACAGCCAGUGGCAUUAGCUGCCUGUUAUUCUAGAGCUUCCUCAGGGCAGCAGAGCUUCUUCCAGGGAGUCUGGGGCUACACUCCUCUGCCCCCUCUGCAGUACUUCCCUGAAAGCUCUCCUCAAAUUCAGAUUGCCUGCUCCUCUGAAGAGCAAAGUCCUCACAAGACGAAGGAUUUGGCAUGUUUUAAACCCAGUGAUGAGCGUUUUCUCCUGCCUGACAAUAUAGCAGGUGGUUCCUGUUGUUAUACGCCUGCACACUCGAUUCAGCCAGUCCCUUUGCAGGCAUUAGCUAGCUUGACUGAUAUUUGUAUUUCAUCCUUUGCUGUUUGCUGGCUGGGGCUUUUCUUUUGGUCUUUUGGAGCUAAUGUUACUGUUUCCCCCCUGCCAAAGAUGGUCUUGAGCACCUGCACUCUCUAUAUUAAAUAAAUAAGUGGCCAUAUCUGUUUGCAGGCAGAUGGUCUGUCCAUCUUCUGUUGUAACUUUGGUGGUCUUGUGAAGAAUCCUCCUGAGCUGAUGAUGCUAGUGUAGCCCUUUACGCCCCUACUCGAGGACCUCUUUGGCUCUUCUUUGCACCCUCUGUUUGUACAUGCUGGUUAAAACCAAGUGCUUGUGUUUUGUUUCUUACAGCCUGCAGCACUCCUCAAGCUUCUGUAGUGCAGGCUCCUAGUUCCCUCUUCUGUUUGAGCUGAAAACUAUUAAAAGCCAGCAAGUGCUUCAGAACUAACUAUUUUUGUCUAGUAAUGUUCUUUUCUGAAAGUUUUUAUUGUGCUUACAUACAUUGCUCACAGCUAAGGAGUGAAACACUGCUCCAGUCUUCUGUCAAGCCUCACUUUUCUGGAGAAGGUUGAGAUUUGAGAUUAGAGCUUUUCCGUACAAGACCUAAUCUUUGCUCCCUUUAGUCCUAGUACCACUUGUUGUUAAGCAUCCCUUGAAGGCAAGAAUUUUGACUACUUCCCUUGUUUUUUUGCUUCUGUCUGCUCAGCCUUUCUUCUCUGGUGUCACUGUCACACAGCUCCCAGAGCCCACAACUUACUGGGCUGAACAGGAGCAGAGAAGUCAUCCCAGUGGUUUUCAAAGCACCUAAAUCAGAAAUGCUCAGCUCUAAAAGUAUUGAAUGCAUGGAAGACCUUUUUUAGCUUGUCAGAGGAAGAAGAGUUGCUUCUCCAUGUAAAGUCUUGCUCUCAUGCCUACCUCAUGGUCUGUUCAGCUCUGCCAGGGAAGGGACCAUGCCACGUCAGCACAGUGGUGCCCUUGCCCAGCACUUUGUUCCUGCUGUCCCACUGGCUCUGCACUUCCCGGCUUAGACGGAUCCAUGCUGGUGCCCUCCUGUGUGGGUCUUUCGCAGAAGUUGAUUAUUCGCUCUGAGGGAGCUUUUGCCUCUUUAUUUGUUUGGCCAGUCUCAUGAUGUUAUUAGUGGUGACACCCAUCAUGAGGUUUAUUUUGCCUCUUCAGUCUCUCCUGUUGUUCCAGGCUCCUCCUGUGGUUUCUCUUGGUUCAGACUGUCAAGCUCUUGACAAUUUUGUCUUCCUCAUCAUGGCUUUCCAUUAUCAAUGCUGUGCUUGGAGUCCAAGUGCCCUUCAUGCCACAGAUCUGCAAGCAAAGUAAACUUAGCAAAUCAUUAGGGCAGACUUUGACAGCUCCUGCCUUCAUCAAAGACUGAGAUUAAAUUAGGUCCCUUCAAUAAACUGAGCUGAUGGGCCAAUUUGGAUUGUGGAUGUGGUAUUAUGGGUCUCAUGGGGCUUAUGAUUAAAAGACAUAAGAGAAUGCAAUUAUUUAGAGAGCUGCCAGGAGAUUUGUGUAACUCUCUAGUCACUUCUUCAACAGAACAAAAAUUCCGUAGGGUGCGAGGCACCUCCCCCUGGGAAGUGUACGAGUGCCUCUAAUUGCUGGGGGAGGCGAGAGUCACAUUUGUCUCCUGCAGGUUUUGUUGUGUGUGUGAUAGCACGGUGGAGAGGGAUGUCACCGUCACCAUUUCUGUCCCCAAGGCACCUGCUCUGGGAAUGAAACCUUGUUCCCCUCACACAGAUGCCUUCUCUUUCUGCAGUUGUUUGCAUUUCCCCCCCCCCCCCCCGUAAACUAAAGUUGUCUUUCAUUGCAGCAAGAUAAAUUUAGGCUAGGUAUCUGUGCUGCACUCUAAUCAAAUCCUAACCUGUAUGGGGCACUCAGUGCAAUCUCAGAUGACUCCCUGCGUCAAAUCCUCAAGCCUGGGGCUAGAUCCUGACCCAGUAGGGAAAUGCUCUGAUUCAAGCCCUAAAGUUGAGAAAAGUCUACCUGGUCACAUACAAUUUUGCCUGGGUUUUUAUCUGCUUUCAGGUACUGAAUCAGAGCUGGAUGAUAAAUGUUAACUGUAGUAGGGCUAUUCUUUUGUCAUUUUUUAAAGGAAUGUUCAUGCUGCAUUUUAAUUAUCACGUUUAGAGUACAUCCAAAUAACUUAAGCUCAGAUUGAUCUUAUUUUUCAACCAGGAAGCUUGUUUUUCAUCCAUUAUAAUAAUAAAUGUGCUAUUGAUAAUAGUUUAGGUGUGAUGCAGCAAAGCCUUUGCAUUGUGCAUUGGCUCUGCAGGGCCAAGAUUUUCCUACUAUGCCUUAUUGAUAUGACACAUUGCAAAUAUUUAACAAGCAAAUUAGUAAGUUUUCCUUGUUGGUUGCAGUCUCAAUCUUCUUGACAGCUGGAGUCAGGAUUAAUGAUUAUCUUGUUUAAGACAAUUUUUUGCUAGUAGGUUUGUGCAAUACCAGCACAAUAAGGGAACUAGCAUUGGCACUUAGAAUUAAAUCCCAUCCUUGAAGCAACUAUUUUAGCCUUAUUCCUUCCAAUUGUGUUAAGUAGAAAUCGGAUUUGCCUGGUAAAGUGCUUAGUCCUGUUAUUCAUUUCUUGGUUUAUGUAGUCAUUUUACAUACAGAAGCUUAACAUUAAGUGCUGGCAAAAGAUGUUGUUUUUCUCUCCCAACCUCGAGCUUGCCAGGUCUGUUCAGAUUGUAAAUGUUUCGUGAGAGAGGUCCUCUCUGAGCACAUACACGGGAGCAAGGAGACCACCCUGAGCCUCUGUAGAAAAGAGAGAUCCAGAAGGACGUGAUGGGUUUGGUCUGAGGCAAAGCCCUGGAGCUGGCACUUGGAAACAUUCAGCAUAGUUCCUGGGAUGGGUAAAACACAUCCGUGCUCCGCAGCAGUUCCUCUCCACCUGCUCCAGGUCUGAGCACUGGCCAAAGGGGACCAGGAUGGAAAGGGUGAAAUUCCUACAUCUUCCUGAGGAAGACUGUGUCUGGUGCACGGACUUCAGGAGAACAACUCCAGAGGAGCCCUCUGAAGGUCGCUGCAGGUGGAGCAAGGACGGUGCUAUGCCCCAUGGGAAGGCCUGAUGCAUCCGCUGUGGUUUCAACAAGAGUUGGUGAACUGGUGGCGGAGCCGUCACAGAGACAGGGGCAUCUUCUGAAGGAAAGCACAGCUCCAGGGUAAAGACUCAAAGGAAGCAUGAAGCACCCCAUCUGGAGCACGUUAGGCAGUGGGCCAUCUCUGCACUGCAGUCUGUGGCCAUGGACUUUGCAUACGCAAUACAGGAAUUCAUUGGUAUAUGAGUCAAACUUUGGAGAUUAGAAAUGAAUUUGUUCUCCGUAUUUUUUUCUAGAACUAGUGAGUAAAAUCACCUUUUGUUAGCAGCAGAUCUGUGAAUUGGGUCCCCCAACGACAUAGUGUUUGAAAAUCACAGGUGAUUGAAAGAUAACACAUUUGAGGGGGUUUUUUUGUAUUUGCUGUUUGAGUUUGGAGGCUGGACAUCAAACAUCCAUUCCUCCACAAUUCAUCUGGGCAAAAUUUUUUGUUUUAAUGUAACAAAACCCGAGAUUCUCCUUAAAAGAAGAGCCCCCAGGAGUUUUGAAAUACCAAACAUCACAACAGCAAAAAUGACUGAAGCUCUGACUCUAGUGUUUCACAUUGGUCUUAAGCAAAAAAAGCCAAAUCAGACAGCACUCGACGCAACGGAAGAAAAACAGGCAAGUACCACAGCUUGGCUUGAAAUAAUAUGUUAAUAGAGAGAAUGUUUCUUUAUUACUUUUUAUUUGAUAAGCAGUAAAACCGCAGAGCUCACAUGGAGCACAGUUCA